AAGCCGCGGACAAAAUAUAAAUGACAAGUAGAGAAGAGACUACGAACAUGCCGGUAGUACUAUUAUUAUUGGUAUUACUGCCACUAAUUGUUUAUGGUAAAGAAUCAACGCGUUGUGGUUUUAAGUCUUGUCCUGUAUCGAAGAAGAAUCUAAUUAAUGUGCAUUUAGUGCCUCACAGCCAUGAUGAUGUUGGUUGGCUUAAAACUAUGAAUGAAUAUUAUUACGGUACUAGUACCAACAUACAAAGAGCUCAUGUCGAAAGUAUUAUGGAUACUGUGGUAGAAGAGUUAUUGAAGGAUGAACGAAGAAGGUUUGUGUACGUGGAAAUGGCGUAUUUUUCCUUGUGGUUUAAUCGUCAAAAGCCGGAAAUGCAGGAGACUGUGCGAAAGUUAGUCAAAGAAGAACGUUUGCAAUUUGCUGGAGGUGCUUGGACGGCUAAUGAUGAAGCCACUGUUCACUAUCAGAGCGUUAUAGAUCAGUUCACUCUAGGUUUACAAUUUUUAUCAGAAACGUUUGAUAAGUGCGCUCGACCACGGGUAGGCUGGCAAAUCGAUGCUUUUGGUCAUUCAGAACAAAUGUCUUCCAUAUUAGCUCAAAUGGGUUAUGAUGGACAAUUUUUUGCUCGCGUUGAUUUCGAAGAGAAGGAAGGACGAAUGAAUAAUCGCUCAGCCGAAAUGAUAUGGCAGGCCAGUGCAAGUCAAGAUGAACGUUCGGAAAUCUUUUCCAGCAUUCUUUACAAGCAUUAUUCCGCACCUAUUGGUUUUUGUUUUGACAUCCUGUGUACCGAUGAUCCCAUAGUUGACGAUAACAAUGAAUUGAAUAAUGUUGAAGAUAAGGUUGACCAAUUUAUUGAUUACAUUAUUGGUAUGUCGGAGCAUUAUCGAGCUACGAAUUUGCUUGUACCUAUGGGCGAUGAUUUCCAUUAUAUGGUAGCUGCAAGAAACUUUAAAAAUAUGGAUAAAUUGAUCAACUAUGUCAAUGCUCGUCAAGUGAAUGGUUCAUAUGUAAAUAUCUUUUAUUCUACACCAGGCUGUUAUUUGCAGGCUUUACAUAGAGCGCAGUUGACUUGGCCUACCAACACGCAAGAUUUCUUUCCAUAUGCUGAUAAACCGCAUGCUUAUUGGACUGGUUAUUUCACAUCCAGACCUACGUUCAAAUAUUUUAUACGCUUGGGUAAUCAUUUUUUACAAGUUGUUAAACAAUUAACCGCCCUUUCUAAGCUUCAUAAUAUUCCGGAUGCCAUGAGCAAUUUGAGCAAAUUAAAGCAAUCAUUGGGUAUUAUGCAACAUCAUGAUGCUAUAACUGGUACCUGCAAAAAACAUGUGGUUAAUGAUUACACUCGUAUUCUGUCAUCAGCUUUAACUAGCGCUGAACAUACAGCAAAAAUGGCUCUUCAAAAGUUAACUUCUUUAAAGACCGGUGAAUUCGUUAGUUGUUUCCAGUUGAACAUAAGCAUAUGUGAAUUCACACAAAAUAGACCAAAUAAUUUAUUAGUCACCGUCUACAAUCCGUUAACUCGUGCCACAAAGCAAUAUGUCCGCAUACCUGUGCCGCGUGGUUACUAUAUGGUGAAGGAUUUCCAAGGAAAUGCUGUUAAAUCUCAGUUGGUACCGUUACCAGAAGAACUGAUUGCUUUGAAAUAUUUAAGGCCGAACUUGACACAAUAUGAUCUAGUAUUCGAGGCUGAUGUUGCAAAAUUGGGACAUUAUCAUAUAAAAAGCACAAAUCGAAACUCCGAGCCUCAGAAUCUGAGUGUUGACUCUGAGAUGAAAGAGCUGAGCAAAGAACCCCACGGCGAAAUGGUAGGAAAUUCAUUGGUAAAAUUAUUCUUUGACAACAACGGCUUUCUAUGGAAAGUUGAAAUGAAUGGAAUAUCUGCGAACGUGAGUCAAAAAUUUCUGUUUUACGAAGCAACAAAGGAAGGAGAUAAACAAACUUCUGGAGCCUACAUAUCUGCACCUCCCAUUCAGGGGGCGAAUAUAAGGAGCUUUAAAAUAGAUCUAAAAAUUUACGAUGGCCCUUUGGUCAAGGAAAUUCAUCAACAUUUUAAUAAUUGGACAUCUCAGGUGAUUCGCAUCUACGAAGGUGUGAGUCGGGUAGAGUUUGAAUGGUUAGUAGGCCCCAUACCAAUUGGUGAUCGUCUAGGAAAGGAGGUAGUAACAGUAUUUAGCAGCGAUAUUCGUAAUCAGGAAAUUUUUUACACCGAUUCGAACGGCCGUGAAAUGAUACAUCGCAAACGAAAUGACACGAAAGAGAUUCCCGGCAAUUACUAUCCCAUAACUGGCCGAAUAGUUUUAGAAGAUGACAAAAAACGUAUGACCCUUUUAAACGAUCGUGCUCAAGGAGGCUCGUGUUUGGGGGAUGGCACUUUGGAAUUGAUGUUGCAUCGACGUUUACUUCACGAUGAUUCACGAGGACUUGGCGAACCCCUGAAUGACACUACUGUGGCGCGGGGUAAAAUUUAUUUGAUUUUAAAUCCGGCGGAUAAUGACACAGCGACAGAAGAACGUUUAAUUCAACAGGAACUUCACCUACCAGUUUGGUUAUUCUUUAGUCGAUCUUUUCAAAAUAUUAAUAGUACGGUGAACGCAAAUUUUUCCUCUUUACCGGAAGGUAUCGAAGUUCUUACUUUAGAACCUUUUACAAGCCUUAAAAGUCUUUUACGUUUGGAGAACAUGUUCGAUAAGUCGUCAAUAACUUUCAACCUGAAACCUUUUUUAAUGUCACUAAAAGCUGAAAAAAUACAUGAGACUACUAUAGAUGGCAACAUGCUUCUCAAGGAUAUGAAACGUCUUAAAUUCCAAAAAGAUGAAAAACCCGUGAAAAAUUUGGAAUAUUAUACCGCUAAGCAUAGGCCUUUAGAAGAAAAAUUAAAGGCGAAAAACAAAAAGUUCGAAAUAACUAUGGAACCAAUGCAGAUAAGAACUUUUAUACUAACGCAUAAAAACUUUGAUGUGGAAGACAUUCAGCUUUAUGCUAAUAGAUAUCAACCCUUCUAAACCUUUGAUGAUGUUCGUGAAAGCUGUCAAAAGUAACGAAAAAGAUUUCCAUUAUUUUAUAAGUUUCCGAUUCCCGAUUAAGUUUAUUUUUUCAAAAUUUCAUUUUAAAUAAUAGCUACGCAAAAGUCGAGAA